AUGGCCAAGCAGUGCUUCUCCGUCCAGGCCAAGCAGUUGGAUAAUGUUGCCAAGCAGUACUUCUCCGUUCCAAAGUAUUUUCAUGAAGAGGAUCCCAUAGACACCUUAUCAAUUAAAACGUACUCUGCCGGGAACGAGUAUCUGUCUCAACUCUUAACAUCAGUUACCAAUCCGCAACUGUAUGGAGAUGAACGAGAUGGUGUGAUUGCCCGUUUGAAUCAGAUUCAAGCGUUCUGUGGAACUGGAAUCGGCUAUUACGCACCAAACUUCGUUGGCUUUAAUCGCCUGGCUGAAAUCAAGGAUGAAGACGGUCUCGUGAGUCUGAUAAUCAAGAAGUCGGCAAAUGAUGUCAGCAAAAACCGCCAAUUGCUUUGCGACUGUGUGUACAAGAUUAUGGGCGCCAAACCCCAGAUAUCUGUCCAAAUAGAACUUCUGAAGCCGUUGCCGGAUGAUAGAUGCGAAACAGUCAUCUUUAUUGUCGAAUCAAAUCCCAGUACAAACGCGAAACGCCGGGUGCCCGCUUCCGAAGUGUACCAGUUUUUAAACCAGCCAACGAUCAAGUCGCAGUUGCAGGCAAACGCUGCAGUCGAAGAUAUCGCCAUAAGAGCGAAUCUAAACGAAGAGAAGCUUCAAGGGUAUUUGGCCGUCGCUCCUCCAGGAUUCGAUCCGAAUAUCUGGAUUCAAGCACAGAAGGAUAACCCAAAGCCGGGAAAGAUGUUACCUUGGCCAAUACAGGGUUACGACCAACUGCAUUACCGACGACAGCUGCAGUUACAAGAGAUUGAAUUGCAAAAAUGCUAUUGCCAAGUAUGUGUUACUUUGGUUAACAUUUGUGAGAUGAUGGAUUCUGUAGCGAAGUUCGAAAAGAGACUGUUAGCAAUGCAAGCCAAGUUGCUUGAGAUGCAGACAACGCAGAAUACGGUAUCUAAUCGGCUUUUAUCAGUGAUCCGUUCUCAGAUGAUGCGUUUCCGUGAGGGAUAUUCUUUGGAUAGCACCGAAGAGGCACUGAAAACUCGCUUAGAUAGAAUCAACGCCUAUCUGACUGGACCACUUCAGUUGAAAAACAGAAUAACGGAGCUCUUGAGCCAUAUUAGAAGUCGACCCGAAUGCCUCAGUGCCCAGCUAAAGAGUGACAUUGUCGAAGAAAAUUUAACGAUUAACGUGAAGUAUCUGAAGGACAGCCAAGAUUUUCUUGAAAAGAUCACUUCCCUUCUUCAGGCUGACAUAAAAGAUGUGGCGGAAAUGCAACGUUCGUUAAAUCAGGCUGAAAGUCCGUAA